CGGCUCUCCUCGCUGUAACACAAUGGCGGCCAUUCGACCCAUGGGACCUAUGGACCUGCUCAAGUUCAAUCCGUGCAAUCUGGACCACUUGACUGAGACCUACAACAUCGGCUUCUACCUCGAAUACUUUACAAAAUGGCCACAUCUAUGCAAAGUCAUCGAAGGCCCCAACGGCCAGAUUGAAGCUUACAUACUCGGAAAAGUAGAAGCAUCGCCAUAUCCAGCGCCGAUUGAGCCAUACGAUCCCGGACUCAAAAUUUAUCAGAAGAAGUUUUCCAACUACCUACCAUGGCAUGCGCACAUUACGUGCUUGACGGUGGCGCCCGCUGCUCGCCGACUGGGGUAUGCCACGAAGCUCUCGGAAGCGCUGGAACAGAUGGGCGAUGAUGAGAAUGCCUGGUUUGUGGAUCUGUUUGUACGAGUAGAGAACGAAGCUGCCAUUAAGCUCUACAAGAAGAUGGGGUACUCCGUAUACAGGAGAAUUACGGAUUACUACAACGACGGGAGUGAUGCGUUUGACAUGCGCAAGCCGCUGAAAAGAGACAAGCAACGCAAGACUGUGCGUGCAAAUGGGGAGAAUAUCAAGGUCAGCCCUGAUGAGGUGUGGUGAUUAUUGAAGCGUCUGGUGGCUUUCAUUUUUGAAAUCCUUGCAAAGACUUCAAACACUACCUACCUUACUCUCGUCAGCCAGUGUCCUCCGGCCAGCUCCACCAUUCCAGUCCUGGCCUUCCGUGAGGCUGAGCUUCACUACACUACGCUCCGCCUCCUGAGUGAUGGCGGCGCAACACAUAUUGGGAGCCAUGCUCGCAGCCCGCAAUACGGAGCUCGGGAAACGAUGGUCGCGAGAGUAGUGAAGGUGGAGACGAGCAGCGCCGGCCACGGGAAGGACAGCAUCUGCUAUGCCUUUGAUCCGGGGCGAGGAAGCUGAAAGUGAAAUCAGAUUUCCACGUAGUCCAUGUUCCGUAGUCUCCUCCAGACCUCAAGACAUGUGAUGUGUUUCCCAUUGAUCGACUCAAUACAUAAGGUAGGUAGGUAUAAUAAU